UAAGCAAUGGGGGUAGUGUUCUCAUCUUAACUCAUUCCACUUACAAAAAUAAUAUAAGGUAUAGUAAUUUAAAAAGAAGAAAAAAAGGAAAGAAAUUCGAAAAAAGGAAAAUAUGGAGAGGGCAACGUUUUUGCUUUUGCUAUGUCUCUUGGCUGGUACGAUGUCAACGGUUAAGGGUGAAGACCCUUACUUCUAUUUCACAUGGAAUAUCACCUAUGGUACAAUCUCCCCUGCAGGUGUUCCUCAACAGGUUAUUCUUAUCAACAACGAAUUUCCUGGACCCAACAUCAACUCCACUAGUAACAAUAACAUCGUAGUUAAUGUCUUCAACAACCUCGAUGAGCCAUUCCUUUUCACAUGGGCUGGAAUUCAGCAAAGGAAGAACUCAUGGCAAGAUGGUGUAGCAGGAACAAACUGUCCCAUCCCAGUAGGAUCAAACUUCACAUACCAUUUUCAAGUGAAGGAUCAAAUCGGUAGUUACUUCUACUACCCCAGCUUAGGUAUGCACAGAGCAGCCGGUGGUUUCGGAGGCCUCCGCGUAAACAGCAGGUUACUCAUUCCCGUACCAUACGCCGAUCCCGAAGACGAUUACACCGUCUUAAUCGGUGACUGGUACACCAAAAGCCACACCGCCCUCGCAAAAUUACUCGACAGCGGGCGUUCCCUCGGAAGACCACAAGCUGUUCUUGUGAACGGCCAAGUCGCUAAAGGUGAUGGUUCCGACAAACCACUCUUCACAAUGAAGCCAGGAAAAACCUACAAAUACAGAAUCUGCAAUGUUGGUCUUAAAAACUCUCUCAACUUCAGAAUCCAAGGUCAUCCAAUGAAGUUAGUUGAAUUUGAAGGGUCCCACACCGUUCAAAACAGUUACGAUUCACUUGAUGUCCACUUGGGCCAAUGUUUUGGUGUUCUCGUAACUGCUGAUAAAGAUCCUAAAGAUUAUUACAUGGUUGCUUCAACCCGUUUCACUAAAUCAAUUGUCACUGGUAAAGGUAUUAUCCGUUAUACUAACGGUAAAGGCCCAGCUUCACCUGAACUACCCGAAGCUCCAGUGGGCUGGGCUUGGUCUUUGAACCAAUUCCGUUCUUUCCAUUGGAACUUGACCGCUAGUGCUGCAAGGCCUAACCCACAAGGUUCUUACCAUUACGGACAGAUCAACAUUACCCGAACCGUUAAACUCAUUAACAGUGUUAGCAGAGAUAAUAGUAAACUCCGUUAUGCACUUAACGGAAUCUCCCACGUGGACCCCGAAACCCCACUUAAACUCGCUGAAUAUUUCGGAAUUGCUGAAAAGGUCUUCAAAUACGACAGUAUUCCUGAUAUGCCACAAAGCGUUCCAAGCAGUGUUACGUUGCAACCCAAUGUUCUUAAUUUCAAGCACCGCACUUUCAUUGAGAUCAUUUUUGAGAACCAUGAGAAAAGUGUUCAGUCUUUUAAUUUGAAUGGAUACUCAUUCUUUAAAGUAGCCAUUGAGCCAGGGACGUGGACACCGGAGAAAAGAAAGUGCUACAACUUGCUUGAUGCAGUGAGCAGACACACAGUUCAAGUGUUUCCAAAAUCAUGGGCUGCAAUAAUGUUGACAUUUGACAACGUUGGAGUAUGGAAUUUGAGGUCAGAGCUUGCUGAGAAUCGUUACUUGGGACAACAAUUGUACAUAAGUGUGAUAACACCAGAACGUUCACUUAGGGAUGAGUACAACAUUCCUGAGAAUAGCUUGCUCUGUGGACUUGUUAAGGGUCUGCCAAAGCCUCCAUCAUAUGUCUAAUUUAAUUCAUUGCUUAAUUCUUUUUUAAGUUAUAUUUGUAACAUGUAACUAGCAUUCCCCUGAAAAGUCCCUAAGCUAAAGUUGAGCUAGGAAUUUUGUAACAGGGUGAAGUCGAGAAUAACUAGGACUUUUUGAAGCAUUAUUAGAAUCAUGUUGUUGAUCAAUUUGGAUCAACUUUUUAGGUAUUCCAUUACAUUUUUGUACUUUCAGUUGGUGUCUUAAUCCUACAAUUUUAUCCAUAAAGUUGUACUCCUUUCCUUUUAUCUAUUAUUGAUUUUUCAUAAA